GGGGAGGACCGCCGUCUCUAUGGUAGCGGCCAGCGCCUCCUCGCCGCCGUCGCUCUAGCGCGCACAUCCGGUCUCUCGCUGGUGGCCGCGGGCGCCGGCGGCGCUUCCGGGGCCGCGUGCGGGGCGCGGCGGGCGCCGGGGAGCCGCCGGGAUGUACGCGGUGUACAAGCAGGCCCACCCGCCCACGGGGCUCGAGUUCUCCAUGUACUGCAACUUCUUCUCCAACGCCGAGCGCAACCUGGUCGUGGCCGGCACCUCGCAGCUCUACGUCUACAGGCUCAACCACGACUCCGAGACCGCGACGAAAGGAGACAGGAACACGGAAGGCAAAGGCCACAAGGAGAAGCUGGAGCUGGUCGCCUCCUUCGCCUUCUUCGGCAACGUCAUGUCCAUGGCCAGCGUGCAGCUGGCAGGAGCCAAGCGGGACGCGCUGCUGCUCAGCUUCAAGGACGCCAAGCUCUCCGUGGUGGAGUACGACCCCGGCACCCACGACCUGAAGACGCUCUCGCUCCACUACUUUGAAGAGCCGGAGCUGAGGGACGGCUUCGUGCAGAACGUGCACAUCCCCAAGGUGCGGGUGGACCCGGACGGGCGCUGCGCCGUCAUGCUCAUCUACGGCACGCGGCUGGUGGUGCUGCCUUUCCGGCGGGACACGCUCACGGACGAGCACGAGGGCGUCAUGGGAGAGGGGCAGAAGUCGAGUUUCCUGCCCAGCUACAUCAUCGACGUGCGGGAGCUGGACGAGAAGCUGCUCAACAUCAUCGACAUGCAGUUCCUGUACGGCUACUACGAGCCCACCCUCCUCAUCCUCUUCGAGCCCAACCAGACCUGGCCCGGGCGGGUGGCCGUGCGCCAGGACACCUGCAGCAUCGUGGCCAUCUCCCUGAACAUCAUGCAGAAGGUGCACCCCGUCAUCUGGUCCCUCAGCAACCUGCCCUUCGACUGCACGCAGGCGCUGGCCGUCCCCAAGCCCAUCGGCGGCGUGGUGAUCUUCGCCGUCAACUCGCUGCUGUACCUGAACCAGAGCGUCCCGCCGUACGGGGUGUCCCUCAACAGCCUCACCAACGGGACCACUGUCUUCCCGCUGCGCAUUCAGGAUGGGGUGAAGGUCACGCUGGACUGCGCUCAGGCCACCUUCAUCUCCUACGACAAGAUGGUGAUCUCGCUGAAAGGAGGGGAGAUAUACGUCCUGACCCUGAUAACGGACGGCAUGAGGAGCGUCCGCUCUUUCCACUUCGACAAGGCGGCCGCCAGCAUUCUCACCACCUGCAUGGUCACGAUGGAGCCGGGCUACCUGUUCCUCGGCUCCCGCCUGGGCAACUCCCUGCUCCUCAAGUACACGGAGAAGCUGCAGGAGCCGCCGAUGAACGUCGUCAAGGACGCGUCGGACAAGCAGGAGGAGCCCCCGAUGAAGAAGAAGCGGUCGGAGUCGUCGGGGACCUGGGCUGGAGGAAAGUCGGCGCCGCAGGACGAGGUGGACGAGAUCGAGGUGUACGGCAGCGAGGCCCAGUCGGGCACCCAGCUCGCCACCUACUCCUUCGAGGUGUGCGACAGCAUCCUGAACAUCGGCCCCUGUGCCAACGCUGCCAUGGGGGAGCCCGCCUUCCUCUCGGAGGAGUUUCAGAACAGCCCGGAGCCGGACCUGGAGAUCGUGCUUUGCUCCGGGUACGGGAAGAACGGAGCCCUCUCCGUCCUGCAGAAAAGCAUCCGGCCCCAGGUGGUGACGACCUUCGAGCUGCCGGGCUGUUACGACAUGUGGACCGUGAUCUCGCCGCAGAAAAAGGAGGAGCCGGAGGAAAAUGCCUCGGGGGAAAACGCGGAAAAGGAGCCUGCGCCCCCCGAGCCCGAGGACGACAGCAAGAGGCACGGGUUCCUGAUCCUCAGCCGGGAGGACUCCACCAUGAUCCUGCAGACGGGUCAGGAGAUCAUGGAGCUGGACACGAGCGGCUUUGCCACGCAGGGACCCACGGUGUUCGCGGGCAACAUCGGCGAGAACCGGUACAUCGUGCAGGUGUCGCCCCUGGGCAUCCGGCUGCUGGAAGGAGUGAAUCAGCUGCACUUCAUCCCCGUGGACCUGGGCUCCCCGAUCGUGCACUGCGCCGUGGCGGAUCCCUACGUGGUGAUCAUGAGCGCCGAGGGCCAGGUGACCAUGUUCGUGCUGAAGAGCGACACGUACGGCGGCAGGACGCACCGGCUCACGCUGCAGAAGCCGCAGCUGCACCACCAAUCGAAGGUGAUCGCGCUGUGCGUGUACCGCGACGUCAGCGGCAUGUUCACCACGGAGAGCCGGGCGGCCAGCACCCGGGACGAGCUCUCCCUCCGGAGCCACUCGGAGGCCGAGACCGUCAUCCAGGACAUCAGCGACACGGUGGACGACGAAGAGGAGAUGCUGUACGGGGACUCCGGGGCGCUCUUCAGCCCUGCCAAGGAGGAGCCGCGCCGCAGCAGCCUCCCCUCGGCGGACAGAGACCCCCACCAGUACAAAGUGGAGCCCACGCACUGGUGUGUGCUGGUGCGGGAGAACGGUGCCAUGGAGAUCUACCAGCUGCCGGACUGGCGCCUGGUGUUCCUGGUGAAGAACUUCCCCAUGGGGCAGCGGGUGCUGGUCGACAGCUCCUUCGGGCAGCCCGCCGCCCAGGGCGACGCCAAGAAGGAGGAGGUGACGCGGCAGGGAGAGCUGCCGCUGGUGAAGGAGGUGCUGCUGGUGGCCCUGGGCAACCGCCAGACCCGGCCCUACCUGCUGGUUCACGUGGAUCAGGAGCUGCUCAUCUACGAGGCGUUCGGCCACGACUCGCAGCUGGGCCAGAGCAAUCUCAAAGUUCGGUUUAAGAAGGUGCCCCACAACAUCAACUUCCGUGAGAAGAAGCUGAAGCAGUCCAAGAAGAAGUCGGAGAGCACGGGCGGCGAGGAGACGGGCGGUGCCCGGGGCCGGGUCGCCCGCUUCCGCUACUUCGAGGACAUCUACGGCUACUCGGGGGUGUUCAUCUGCGGGCCGUCCCCGCACUGGCUGCUGGUGACGUCCCGGGGGGCCCUGCGCCUGCACCCCAUGACCAUCGACGGCACCGUGGAGUCCUUCGCUCCCUUCCACAACAUCAACUGCCCCAAGGGCUUUCUCUACUUCAACCGGCAGGGGGAGCUGCGGAUCAGCGUCCUGCCCGCCUACCUCUCCUACGACGCUCCGUGGCCCGUGCGGAAGAUCCCGCUGCGCUGCACCACCCACUACGUGGCCUAUCACGUGGAGUCCAAGGUCUACGCGGUGGCCACCAGCGUCAUCAACUCGUGCACCCGCAUCCCCCGCAUGACGGGGGAGGAGAAGGAGUUCGAGAGCAUCGAGCGGGACGAGCGCUACAUCCACCCGCAGCAGGAAGCCUUCUCCAUCCAGCUGAUCUCGCCGGUGAGCUGGGAGACCAUCCCCAACACCAGGAUCGACCUGGAGGAGUGGGAGCACGUCACCUGCAUGAAGACGGUGUCCCUGAAGAGCGAGGAGACGGUGUCGGGGCUGAAGGGCUACAUCGCCAUCGGGACCUGCCUCAUGCAGGGUGAGGAGGUGACCUGCCGUGGCCGGAUCCUCAUCAUGGACAUCAUCGAGGUGGUGCCGGAGCCAGGGCAGCCGCUCACCAAGAACAAGUUCAAGGUGCUGUACGAGAAGGAGCAGAAGGGCCCCGUCACCGCCCUCUGCCACUGCAACGGGUACCUCGUCUCGGCCAUCGGCCAGAAGAUCUUCCUGUGGAGCCUGAAGGACAACGACCUGACGGGCAUGGCCUUCAUCGACACCCAGCUCUACAUCCACCAGAUGAUCAGCGUCAAGAACUUCAUCCUGGCCGCCGACGUCAUGAAGAGCAUCUCGCUGCUGCGCUACCAGGAGGAGAGCAAGACGCUGUCGCUCGUCAGCCGGGAUGCCAAGCCCUUGGAGGUCUACAGCGUGGACUUCAUGGUGGACAGCAACCAGCUGGGCUUCCUCGUGUCGGACCGGGACCGCAACUUGCUGGUGUACAUGUACCUGCCCGAAGCCAAGGAGAGCUUCGGCGGGAUGCGGCUGCUGCGCCGGGCCGACUUCCACGUGGGCGCUCACGUCAACACCUUCUGGAGGACGCCGUGCCGCGGCGCCACGGACGGCCCCACCAAGAAGUCCAUUGUGUGGGAGAACAAGCACAUCACCUGGUUCGCCACGCUGGACGGCGGCAUCGGGCUGCUGCUCCCCAUGCAGGAGAAGACGUACCGGCGGCUGCUGAUGCUGCAGAACGCCCUCACCACCAUGCUGCCCCACCACGCCGGCCUCAAUCCCCGCGCCUUCAGGAUGCUGCACAUGGAUCGCCGGAUCCUGCAGAACGCCGUGCGCAACAUCCUGGACGGGGAGCUGCUGAACCGCUACCUCUACCUGAGCACCAUGGAGCGCAGCGAGCUGGCCAAGAAGAUCGGCACCACCCCCGACAUCAUCCUCGAGGACCUGCUGGAGAUCGACCGCGUCACGGCCCACUUCUGAGGGCACCGCGCCCCCCCGCUCCCCCCCCCCCGCCCCGCCACGGACUCUCUCGUGCUCGGGACCGCGCGUUUGUAAAGAAACGGCAGCACCGCCCCAGA